CCUCUAUACUCACACACACUGACAACAUCUACGUGCCGUCGCUUAUGGUGGAGAGAAAAAAUCCGAAAAUAUAAUUUAAAUUAAUCGUAAUAGUGUAACACAAACAAACACGCGUGCUUUUGCGGGCAAUUGCACGGUGUAAUUGCAAUCCUUCUAUUGUGCGAAUGAAAUAAAAAUUCAAUAAUUAAGAAAAGCGAAGCAAGUCAAAUAAAAACUAUAAAAGAAUGACUUGUCAAAAAGAAUAACACAUAUUUGUUGGAGGCAGUAACGCGCGGCGUGGUGAAUAAAUAUAAAGCGCGAACGAGAAAGCAAUGAAAAUUGUGAGUGGGUAAAAACGAGAAAGCGCUAAAGUCACCACCCUGAGAAGAGAGUUGUAGUAGAUGGACAACCUCAAACCGAAAUUUCUAUAUAAUUUUCUUGCAAGUUAUAAUAGUUUAAUAAUGCCUAAUUACCAAUUAAUGGAAACGUACAUGUGCUAAGUUCAUAUAAAUAAAAAUAAACGUAUUGCUAACUUAAGCUAUUGCGAAACAAUAUAUUUGUGUGUGUGUGGUAGUGUACUCUCAAUAAAUAGCAGCAGCAAGCAACCAGCCAAGCAGCAAAUAUAAAUUCAACAAAACACAACAACAGCAGCAACAGAAACAACACAAUGAUGAAAAUGGAGACUGACAAAAUAAUGGACGAGACUAACUCCAAUGCACAAGCAUUCACAACCACAAUGCUGUACGAUCCGGUGCGCAAGAAAGAUUCAUCGCCCACAUAUCAGUCGGAGCGGGAAGUCUGCUUUCAGUACUUUACACAGUGGAGCGAAUCGGGGCAGGUUGACUUUGUUGAGCAGCUGCUGACGCGCAUGUGCCACUAUCAACAUGGACAGAUCAAUGCGUAUCUGAAGCCCAUGCUACAGCGCGACUUUAUAACAUUGUUGCCAAAAAAAGGUCUGGAUCACAUUGCCGAGAACAUCUUAUCGUAUUUGGAUGCUGAAUCACUCAAGUCCGCCGAACUAGUGUGCAAGGAAUGGCUGCGUGUCAUAUCCGAGGGCAUGCUUUGGAAAAAGCUCAUUGAGCGCAAGGUGCGCACAGAUUCCUUGUGGCGUGGACUCGCAGAGCGUCGCAACUGGAUGCAGCAUCUGUUUAAGCCACGACCCGGACAAAUACAAAGGCCACACUCAUACCAUCGCGAACUGUUCCCCAAGAUAAUGAAUGACAUAGAUACCAUAGAGAAUAACUGGCGAAGCGGCCGACACAUGCUGCGUCGCAUCAAUUGUCGAUCAGAGAACUCGAAGGGUGUCUAUUGCCUGCAGUAUGACGAUGGCAAGAUUGUGUCCGGUUUGCGCGAUAACACCAUUAAGAUAUGGGAUCGCACGGAGCUCCAGUGCGUCAAGACUUUGAUGGGACAUACUGGUUCGGUGCUGUGCUUGCAGUAUGACGAUAAGGUGAUUAUUAGCGGCUCGAGUGAUUCGACGGUGCGUGUUUGGGAUGUUAACACUGGGGAAAUGGUCAACACAUUGAUACAUCAUUGCGAGGCGGUGCUACAUUUACGCUUCAACAAUGGCAUGAUGGUGACCUGCUCCAAGGAUCGUUCGAUUGCCGUCUGGGACAUGACCUCGCCUAGCGAGAUAACGUUGCGACGCGUUCUUGUUGGCCAUCGUGCGGCCGUCAAUGUGGUGGACUUUGAUGAGAAAUACAUUGUGUCCGCUAGCGGUGAUCGCACCAUCAAGGUGUGGUCCACAUCGAGCUGUGAAUUUGUGCGUACCCUGAAUGGCCACAAGCGUGGCAUCGCUUGCCUGCAGUAUAGGGAUCGUCUUGUGGUCAGUGGCAGCUCUGAUAACUCAAUUAGGCUGUGGGACAUCGAGUGCGGCGCCUGUCUGCGCGUUCUGGAAGGCCACGAAGAGCUGGUGCGCUGCAUCCGCUUCGAUACGAAGCGAAUUGUCAGCGGCGCUUAUGAUGGCAAAAUUAAAGUGUGGGAUUUGGUUGCCGCACUUGAUCCGCGAGCCGCUUCCAAUACAUUGUGCCUCAAUACGCUCGUGGAGCACACUGGCCGCGUCUUUCGCCUGCAAUUCGAUGAGUUUCAAAUUGUGAGCAGCUCGCACGAUGAUACUAUUUUGAUAUGGGACUUUCUAAAUUUCACACCCAAUGAGAAUAGGACCGGCCGAACACCGUCGCCGGCCCUUAUGGAACAUUAACAUUUUGUGCAAAGGCAGCUAAGGGAGCUUCAGCUGUAUUCCUCCAGCGAUGAGGAGGAACAGGAAGGGAAUGAAAACGACAAUGAUGAUGAUAAUGAAGAUGAUGAUGAUCAGGAAGAUAACAUCGAUUUGGAAGAGAUCGACUACGAUGAAGUUGAUGUUGAUCUUCUUUUCAACGAUGAUGAUGAUGAUGAUCAACAUUAAAACUAAUGAUUAAUAAGCCAGCAGACAGCAUUGAGACUCGUCCAUUAAAUUAUAUUGAAAUCACGGUACUGCGAUCUCAAAUUCUACUGAAAUGCAACAACAAAAAAUAAGAAACAAACAACACUACAAAUACUACAACAACAAACUCAACAGAAAAACAUAUAUUAACAUUUAAACAAACAAAAACACGCAUGCGCAUAAUGUGAAUUAAUGAAGUUAUUAAAGAAUACCACAACAACAAAUCCAAUAAGAGAGAAUAUAACAAAUAUUUUUGCAUAAACUGGCUGUUAGGUUUGAGAAUUGUACGAAAUCAAGAAAACUACAAAAUGAUAAUAUAGUAUACAAAAAUAUAAACAGAAUAAUAUAUUAGUUAAUUAGGCAUUAUAGACAUAAUUAAGGUCAGUCUGUGUAAAUCGUUGAAUUGACUGUUUGUGCAAGCGACAGUUGCACAGUAAAUAAUGUAACUAAUGUUUAGCUCAAAUAUCUACCAGCGCAUUGAGCUGAGUGCGGCUUUAACGGAAUCUUGAAAUAUGAGGAAUGUCGUUUUUUACACAUUGAAUGCGAUUUAGAAUAUGAUAUGAAAAAAUACAGAAAAACAAAAGAAACCUAAAAGCAAAACUGUCAGAUCGUACAGAGUAUAGUCUUUAGCCUAGGUGUUAGUUAAAGCUUCAUAAACUUGGCGAAACAUUAUUUUUGAGUUUUUGAACCUUACGAAUCGCUUUUCUCAUACUGCACAUUUUGUAAUCUAAUUUACAUGCCUAAUGUUUGUGUUAAAAAUGUAAAAAAUAAAAGAAAUUAAUAUAAACUAUAUUUAUUAGACCUUAAGUAAGACAUUUAAAAAGAAAUGAAUGAAAUCAUUAUAUGUGUAAAAAGACAUGAAAGUCGUAUUUGUUUAAUUUGGAACUUGAAGUAAACAUUGCGACUUAAUACUGUUGGUUAGGCAAAAAAAAACUAUGAAAGCUUAAGUAAUAAAAAUAUUAUCUGCAAUAUUUAA